AUGACGAACCCGUUCCAUGGUUCUGCACAUUAUACCGAUCCAAACUCGCCCUCGGGAACCUCUGGUCUUCCCCCCCGCCGUUUCUCCUACGCUUCAGUCGUCUCGGGAGCGCCACCGAACUAUAACCCGCCCUACCUCUCACAUCCCGGCCGGACCUCGGUUAUCUCCCACAUCCUCAACAGCUCCGACGAUAUCACCUUCGAGCCGGCCUCGGCCUACUACAACCCGAGCAGGAGCGACGACAUGGACACGGACAGGAACGGCGCCGGCUUGAGUGGCGCGUCCGCGAGGCCGUUGAGUGGUUUCCAGCUCCCCUCCUUUUCGAGGGCCUUUGAUAUGUUCAUGGCAAACCCGCUGGGUGAACCUGCGGGCUCUAGCAGCGCAAGUGGGAGCGGCUUCUUCGUCCCAUCGUAUCUGGCGGGAUCGGCACAUGUUCAGCGGCUGGAGGAAGCACACUGGGCAAAGGUACGGGCGCAGAAGGAGUCCCAGGCAGCCCAGGCACAGGCCGGCGCGAACCUGUCUACGAGCGCAAGUAGCGUCAGUCUUCACAGCAAGCCGGGUGCCCACCGGGGAGUGAACUACGAUGUCAUCGAGAAGCCCCCCGCUUUCGAGGAAGACGAAACGUUCGCCCCGUUACCCACGAGGUGGAACAGUUCCGACAAGUACGGUGCUCUGGAUAUCAUGUCCGACGGCCUCGAGGUCAGAUACAUCGGGCCGAGGGGUCAGACGGAGCGUGACCACGAGGCUUUCUGCAUACGUGCCGACAACCCCAUGCCCCCGCAGUGCGGCAUCUACUACUUUGAGGUUCAGGUGUUGUCGGGGAAGCGGGAUGACAUGACCAUUGGUAUCGGAUUCUCUGGCAAGAACGUGGGACUUUCAAGACCCCCCGGUUGGGAAACAGAUUCUUGGGGCUAUCACAGUGACGACGGCCACUGCUAUGCGGGCCAGAGCGGCGGAAAGACUUACGGCCCCUCCUUCACCGCGUCUGAUAUUAUCGGCUGUGGCGUCAACUUCCGGACUGGCAAUGCUUUCUUCACAAAGAAUGGCCACCUUUUAGGCACUGCCUUUCGCGAAGUCGGAAAAUCGGGAAGCCUGUACCCAACAGUGGGGUUGAAGAAGUCUGGAGAGCACGUCCGUGUAAACUUUGGCCAGACCCCCUUCGUCUUCGACAUUGAUGGCAUGAUGACGACAGAAAGGGAGCGCAUCCAACGGGAGAUCUCGCGGACAAGCUCAGCGAGUCUGGCGCCAGCGAUGAAUGAGACCGGUUUGGUUCAAGCGCUUGUUCUGCAAUUUCUUCAGCACGAUGGUUAUGUCGAGACGGCAAGAGCAUUUGCAGAAGAAAUUAAUGCCGAGAAGAAGGCACUGUGCCUCGAUCCGAAUGCUCCCAUCGAGGGCAUCAAUGUUAAGGAUGACGAGCAUGCCAAUAAGCGCCAACGGAUCCGAAGAGCUGUACUCGAGGGCGAUAUUGACAGAGCACUUAAGCACACCAACGCAUUUUACCCUCAAGUUCUCAAAGAUAAUGAGCAGGUAUACUUCCGGCUACGGUGCCGCAAGUUUAUCGAGAUGGUCCGGACCGCUGCCGAAAUGAGGGUGGCGUCAGAGGCGAAGAAGAGCAAUGGCCACGGCGGCGAUGUUGGCGCCCAGGCAAUGGACCUUGACGCCAACGGUACUGAGAAUGGUGCUUGGGACCAGACGGACACGGAAGACUCUGCCGAGACCUCUCUCGAUAUCAACGAACUCGAAAUGGCGACCCUGCAAUACGGGCAGGAGCUUCAUGCCGAGUUCAAGGACGAUCCCAGGCGAGAGGUCACAAAGCACUUGGCGGACAUUUAUGCGCUUCUUGCGUACGCAAACCCGCUGAGGGAGAAAGACGUUGCCCAUCUGCUCGACAGGAAAGGUCGUCUGGCAGUUGCAGAGGAGCUUAACUCGGCGAUUCUUCUGUCAUUGGGCAAAUCCUCUCGUGCAGCUCUCGAAAAGAUUUAUGCCCAGACGAGCGUGCUGCUGGAUGACCUGCGGGAGAAUGGCGGACCAGGCGCUUUUGUCUCUUUACAGGACGUCAUCGAAGACAUACCGAAGUCGCAGCCUUUCUAG